UCCGCUAACACACUCGGCGCCCGCAGACCCCUGUCCAGGGCGAGAGCGGGUCCCAAGAUGUGCUGCGGGGCGCUGUGGGUGGCCCUGCCCGUGCUCGCCCUGCUGGCCUGCUCCGUGCAGGGGAAGCCGCUGGAGAGCCGGGGGCGGGCGCCGGCUGCGGGAGAUGCCCGCCGCUUGCUAGGGGGGCCGGGAGGUGAGCAGGAAGGGGGCACCUUCGACCUGAGGAUGUUCCUGGAGAACAUGAAGGUGGAUUUCCUGCGCAGCCUCAACCUGAGCGGGGUCCCCUCCCAGGACAAAACCCGCGCGGAUCCGCCACAGUACAUGAUCGACCUGUACAACAGAUACACCUCCGACAAGUCGUCCACGCCCGCCUCCAACAUCGUGCGCAGCUUCAGCGUGGAAGAUGCUGUCUCUAUAAUGGCCACAGAAGACUUCUCCUUCCAGAAACACAUCUUGCUCUUUAACAUCUCCAUUCCCAGGCACGAGCAGAUCACCAGGGCCGAGCUCCGGCUCUACGUCUCCUGUCAGAGUCGCGUGGACGACUCUCAUGAGCUGAGGGGAAACAUGGUCAUUUAUGACGUUCUGGAUGGAGCAGACGCCUGGGAUGCCUCCACAGGAACCAAGACCUUCCUGGUGUCCCAGGACGUUCGGGACGAGGGCUGGGAGACCUUUGAAGUCUCCAGUGCCGUGAAGCGGUGGGUCAGGGCUGACUCCACCAAGAGCAAAAAUAAACUGGAAGUGACCGUGGAGAGUCACAGGAAGGGCUGUGACAAGCUGGAUAUCAGUGUCCCCCCGGGCUCCAAAAACCUGCCCUUCUUUGUCGUCUUCUCCAAUGACCGCAGCAACGGUACCAAGGAGACCAGGCUGGAGCUCAGGGAGAUGAUCGGCCAUGAGCAGGACAGUGUGCUCAGGAAGUUGUCCAAGGACGGCCUGGCGGAGGCCGAUGAGAACAAGGACGAGGAGGAAGAUGUGGAAGGCUACCUGGCCGCGAGGUCGUCUUUAGCCAGACGGAAGAGGAGUGCAGGGGCCAGCAACCACUGUCAGAAGACCUCCCUGCGGGUGAACUUCGAGGACAUCGGCUGGGACAGCUGGAUCAUUGCGCCCAAGGAGUAUGAUGCCUAUGAAUGUAAAGGCGGCUGCUUCUUCCCCCUGGCUGACGACGUGACCCCGACGAAACACGCCAUUGUGCAGACCCUGGUGCAUCUCAAGUUCCCCAUGAAGGUGGGCAAGGCCUGCUGCGUGCCCACCAAACUGAGCCCCAUCUCCAUCCUCUACAAGGAUGAUAUGGGGGUCCCCACCCUCAAGUACCACUACGAAGGGAUGAGCGUGGCAGAGUGUGGGUGCAGGUAGUGCUGGCCCACGGGUCGGGGAAGCGGGGUGGAGGGGGGUCCUAAUGAGAGGCCCUGUGUCCCCCUGGGCAUGACAGGGACUAAGUCCAUCUGCACGCCAGCCUAGAGAAGGAAAGCGAGCCGCCACGUCCUCGAGGUCAAGGCCUGCUCUCCCUCUCACAGCCCAUCGCAAGCACACCCCACUGGGUUUAACUGCAGGGGAAGGUGAUGGCAAGGGGCAGCGGGCUUUGGGGAGAAGAGGAGAGCCUAGAAGGGUUGUUGGGGUGGAAAGGGAGAUGAUGAAAAGGGGACAAGAGAAAAAAUCCAGAGUCAGCAGAAGACUGAGCAGAAAUGAGCCAGAGGAGUAUAGACAGACAGGUGGUGACUCACAGAGAUUUAUGGAAAUUAAAAGAGGCGAGAAGGACGAGGCUUUUUCCAGUAACCUCAGGGAGUGCAGGAAAGGAAUAGGCCACAUGCUCUACACCCAUCAUUUCACGGAUCCCCACAACCCAGUGAGAUGGGCAUUAUGACCCCCAAUUUACUCAUGCCGAAACCAAAACUCAGGCAGGUCAGUAGCACCAGUCAAUACAGCCAACGGGUCUCCACAGGUCUGCCAAUCACCAACGCCCAGGACAUCCCCCAGGGCCCCGUCGCGGUUUAGCAGGUCACCUUGUAGCUAAAGAACAAUUGAUUAGACAUUGGGAGGCAAGGAGUGUGGGGCUGAGACCCAGCCAGCACCCACCAGUACGACUGGGUGCCUUCACAUCCAGGGCAUGUUCUGACUGCUGGGUGCCUGUGCUGAUUCAGUGGCCAAAUGUUUUUUAAGGUCACCGCUGAGUCAGGGAAAAACUACGC